AUGACUAAAUUAUUCGUAAUUUCUCUGCUUUUCUGCGCUUUUCUCGCCAGCGUUUCCGCUGUGCCGGUCAGCGAAUAUGACGGGAAAAUCGCCGAGGAAAUCCACAGGGAAAUCGCCAGUGAUUUACAACAAUCAGAACACCAUCGAGUAAGAAGAUUCACGUGUGACGUACUGAGCGUGGAAGCAAAAGGGGUGAAAUUGAACGAUGCAGCUUGCGGGGUGCAUUGUCUAUUUAUGGGAAAAACCGGAGGGUGGUGUGACAGUCGACGCGUUUGUCGAUGCAGAUAA